GGAACACAGCAUAGAACAGAGCUUGUUAGCACAGAAAUCAGGAGCUCUCAGCAAAGUCCAUCUGGGGGGGAAUCCAGGAUCCUGAGCCCUGGACUCAUCUCCUGUGAGUCCCAAAGCAGGAGGAAACUGAGGCACACACUUGGUAUUCAGAGAAAAUAUUAAGAGCGUUCCCGCUUCAUCCCACCCCUCUGAGACCAGCCCAGGGGCACUUUCUCCAUUGGCUAGAACCCCUCUAACCAUUCCAGACUCUGAGCCUGCAGGUGAUGGAGAGACCUGGGGAAAGGGCUAGAGCCGGGCAGGGAAAUGACUCUGCACAGAGGGCCCCUUUCAGGGACCACCAGCUGGGGAGUUUGGCCUACAAGGGGAGAGGCUCCCUGUGUCGGUGAGUCCCAAAGCUGCUGCCCUCAGUGACACAGCCGGGUUCAACCCCCGUUACCAGUGUCAGUGGCUGAGCUGGCUGAUGAGAGUAAAGGCCCAGGGCAAUGGGGCAGUCGCCCAUUUUCCCAAGGCGAGGGAAGAAGAUAAAAGGGAGAGUGGAGAGACUGGAAGGGGCUGCUAGAACAGGUCAGUGGCAAGUGUGGGGAAGAGGAAACAUUCCCCUGUAUCUGAACCAGGACUCUGCCCUGCUCCAUGUGCUGGGGGGACAAGGAGCUCUCAUCUUCUCCCACCUCCUGAAGCCUCCUGGCUGCUCUGAGCAGGAUGGGAGUGGGAUUCUGUUUCUCCAGGCCUCUCCCCCUCCCCCCAUGACUAGCAGGAUUGUGGCUGGAGCAGCAGGUGCUGAGCGGGGGACUCUUCUUGUUUCAGAUGCUGGUGACCUUCGAGGAGGUGGCUGUGUAUUUCACCCAGGGGCAGGGGGCUCUGCUGGACCCCACCCAGAGAGCCCUCUACAGGGAUGUCAUGCAGGAGAACUACGAGACGGUGACCUCACUGGGAUUCCCCCUUCCCAAACCUGAGCUGAUCAGCCAGCUGGAACGAGGGGAAGAGCCAUGGGUGCCUGAUCUCCAGUCCUGUGAGGGAGGAGAGAUCCCGAGAGGCGCCCACACAGGUGACGAGACAGUGAGUGAGAACGAGGAGGGGAAUCAAAAGACGGAAGUUCCUGGGCACGGAGAAUCACAGGGGACCUUUUUGGGAAGAGCUGAAGGGAAUUUUUCCCAGUGCUUGGAACAGGGAGAUGAUGGGGAAAAUUGGCGGAGGUCAGAUAGGCUUCCGGGAAACCACUCAAGGAAGCAAAUGGAUAAAGCUAUUAUAUGUGGGGAAGGACAUAGCGAUCCCACAGCCCAACAGACAACCUCCAAGACAGACAAAAGCUGUGAAUAUCUUGGUUUUGGGAAAGGAAUCGUUCUGAGACCACAGCUUGUUCCACUUCAGGAAAUCGAAACUGGAAAGAAAUCACUUCAAUGCUUGGACCGUGGGGAAAGCUUCAAUAACCGCUCAGAUCUUAAUAACCAUGGGAGAAGCCACACAGGAGAGAGACCCUCUCAGUGCCUUGAGGGCAGGAAUAUUUUAAAUUUGAAGUCAACCUUGAUUACACAUCAGACGGUCCAGACUGGAGAGAGACCCCAUAAGUGCUUAAUCUGUGGGAAAAGUUUCGUAUGGAGGUCAGCCCUACUUAGUCAUCAGGCAAUCCACACUGGAGAGAGAUCCCAUAAGUGUUUAGAGUGUGGAAAAAGUUUCAUACAGAAGUCAAACCUUGUUGCACAUCAGGUAAUCCACACUGGAGAGAGACCCCAUCAGUGUUUAGAGUGUGGGAAAAAUUUCAUACGGAGGUCAACCCUUCUUAUACAUCAAGCAGUCCACACUGGAGAGAGACCCCAUAAGUGCUUAAUCUGUGGGAAAAGUUUCAUAUGGAGGUCAGGCCUUGUUUUUCAUCAGAAGAAACACACGGGAGAGAGACCUCAUAAGUGCUUAGAGUGUGGAAAAAGUUUCAUAGAGAGGUCAGACCUUGCUAAACAUCAGAUAAUCCACACAGGAGAGAGAUCCCAUAAGUGUUUGGACGAUGGGAAAAGUUUCACACAAAGAUCAAAUCUUAUGGAACAUCAGAGAAUCCACACUGGAGAGAGAUCCCAUAAAUGCUUAGACUGCGGGAAAAGUUUCACAUGGAGAUCUGCCCUCGUUAAACAUGAAAGAAUCCACACUGGAGAGAGACCCCAUAAGUGCUUGGAAUGUGGGAAAAGUUUCAUAUGGAGGUCAGGCCUUGUUUUUCAUCAGAAGAAACACACGGGAGAGAGACCUCAUAAGUGCUUAGAGUGUGGAAAAAGUUUCAUAGAGAGGUCAGACCUUGCUAAACAUCAGAUAAUCCACACAGGAGAGAGAUCCCAUAAGUGUUUGGACGAUGGGAAAAGUUUCACACAAAGAUCAAAUCUUAUGGAACAUCAGAGAAUCCACACUGGAGAGAGACCCCAUAAAUGCUUAGACUGCGGGAAAAGUUUCACAUGGAGAUCUGCCCUCGUUAAACAUGAAAGAAUCCACACUGGAGAGAGACCCCAUAAGUGCUUGGAAUGUGGGAAAAGUUUCACAUGGAGAUCUGCCCUCGUUAAACAUGGGAGAAUCCACACUGGAGAGAGACCCCACAAGUGCUUAGACUGUGGGAAAAGUUUUAUACAGAGAUCAGCCCUUCUUCUUCAUCUGGCAAUCCACACUGGAGAGAGACCCCAUAAAUGCUUAGACUGUGGGAAAAGUUUUAUACAGAGAUCAGCCCUUCUUCUUCAUCAGGCAAUCCACACUGGAGAGAGACCCCAUAAUGCUUAA